GCAGAAUUCGUUUGGCAUAAACUCUCUGCUGACAACAUGGACCCGGAUUUUGUGGAAAGACGACGAAUUGGUUUAGAAAAUUUCCUCUUGAGACUUGCUUCACAUCCCAUCCUUUGUAGAGACAAAAUCUUCUAUUUGUUUUUAACACAGGAAGGCAACUGGAAAGAGACAGUAAAUGAAACUGGAUUUCAGCUGAAG